GGCUCGGAGGCGGGCGCGCCGGCGGGCUGAGGAGCGGCGGCGGCCGCUGGGUAUGCAAAAGCAGGACUGCCAAGAGGAGUAAUGCUCAGUGGCCUGGACUCAGGCCGGAGCGCGUGCCCAUGCCUCAGGACCCCUGCGGGAACAUCGAGUCAGCUCCUGGGACCAGCUUUGUAUCCCCUUAGUGCCCCUCUUGGCUUGAACUGCUAAAGCCAGUUGACCACGAAUGGCUACCCAAAGGAAACACUUGGUGAAAGAUUUCAACCCUUACAUCACCUGCUACAUCUGUAAAGGAUAUCUGAUCAAGCCCACCACAGUGACAGAAUGCCUCCAUACAUUCUGUAAGACCUGUAUUGUCCAGCACUUUGAAGACAGCAAUGAUUGUCCAAGGUGUGGCAACCAAGUUCAUGAAACAAAUCCAUUAGAAAUGUUAAGGCUGGAUAACACAUUGGAGGAAAUUAUAUUUAAGCUGGUGCCUGGGCUACGAGAACUUUUCAUAUUUUUUUCCUUCAAAUUAGAAGAACUUCAGCGUGAGUUGGAAUUUUGGAAGAAAAAUAAACCUCAAGAAAAUGGGCAAGAUGACAUUUCGAAGGUUGACAAAUCUAGAGAAGAUGAAGAAGGUGAUGAAAACCAAGAUGAUAAGGACUAUCAUAGAAGUGACCCACAAAUUGCUAUCUGUCUGGACUGUUUACGAAAUAAUGGGCAGUCGGGGGACAACGUAGUGAAGGGUCUCAUGAAAAAAUUCAUUCGCUGUUCUACACGAGUUACUGUAGGAACUAUUAAAAAGUUUCUAAGCUUAAAACUAAAACUUCCAAGUUCUUAUGAGUUGGAUGUGCUGUGCAAUGGUGAAAUUAUGGGAAAGGAUCAUACUAUGGAAUUCAUCUACAUGACAAGAUGGCGACUAAGAGGAGAAAAUUUUUGCUGUCUGAACUGUUGAGCCUCACAAGUCUGCUCUCAGGAUGGCACUUUGUACCAGUCAUACCCGAUGGUAUUGCAGUAUCGACCACGAAUUGAUUUUGGGUAGGCCCAGGCCCAGGCUGCACUGAAUGAAUCCUGCACUAUUUGUUUACUCGUCGACAGAUUGCACAGUGAAUGGUGUGUGGACUGGAGAGACACAGUCUGAUUUUCAGCAUGCACAUAAGGCCAUUGUCUGUCUCUAAGUUGUCAGUGUCCUUCCUGUUCUGUCUAUUAGGAGCGAUCCAAGUGCCCUUCUGCUACUGACCAUCUGCAUAAGAUAUCCGUGCCGUCUAGGUGUGCAAGGCGCGGCCGAAGUGAGUUAGGUCUCCAGCCGUGACUCUGCUUUCUCAGUGUUUUGCUUGCCUGUUGCAAGAUUGUUCUAAUGUUACUUACACUAGUAAAAUGGCUCAAUCCUUGUGGUGUUGCAGUUUUCACAUACUUAAUACUUUUAUUCUUAUUAAAAUAGAGUACUGUACAAGAACCUAGUAUAAUUAUAUCUUGAAAUUAUUUUGUAUAAGAAUAUAUUUAGAAAAGUGGUUUCUGAGCCACUGUCCUAUUCUUGGUAAACUUUUAUGUAAAAAAGAAUAAACCAAAAAAAAAAAAACCAAAAUGCCAGCUUAUUCUUGAGUGUACAAGUCUUUUGUGAAGAAUUCCAGUUAUUUUUUGACCAGAGCACAUUGCAAUUGGAGAUGUCCUAAAUGUCUGGGUAGUCUAACAUUGCACAGGAAAUCGUGUUAGGCCUUCAUGUUGAAACAUAUGUGUCUUGGACAACUGAAGUUCAUAAUGUUGGCAGCUGAUCAUAUCGACUUCUAAUAAAAUAAAUGUGUAAGUA